AUGAGGAAGCGCGGGCCAGCCGAGCUUGCAGGCUCGGCAAGUGAUGUGCUUGGGAAAGAGAAGCGCCUUCGAGGGCGAAUUCUGCGGCCAGAUCAAGCCGCUGCCAUCAAGCGAAGGCAGCAACUUGAGAAGAAGGCGGUGCGCAGACGCGUUGCGCUGUGGCGCUCGAGGACUGUUGACGGCAAAUGGCAGACAGUCUACAUCACGUUGGCUGGUGAUGUUUUGAAGAAGGGUGCAAGGGCGUAUAGAGCUGCUGCGGCAGAUCAGCAAUACUUGAAGGCCUGUGGAAUUGCCAGCAAUCAACCUGCCUACUCGGAAAUAGAGGUGCCAGAGGAGCCUGACCUGUGCAACCUUCCCCCUUCCCUUCUUGCCAGCUUUUCGGUCUUUCGACUUUCUUUUCAAGGAGAUCCAUCCAUAUGCCAGCUGCAGAGGGCAAAACCCUUUGGAUGCCGAGCGAAAAUUUCAGUCGCACAGUAA